CUUGAAUAAUACCAAGAUAUUUAGCAUUUUAUCAACCGGGAGGAACGUCCAAAGGUUCGCACUUCGUUCUAUACUAUCAAUGAACAAGAUUCAACAGUAUCUUUACACAAUGAAGUUUUUCUCGCACUUGAACGACCUGACCUCCCUGCCAUGGUACACUAUCCCUUGUCUUUUGACCGGGAUUCUGGUAGCGCAGGCUAUUGUGAGCUCUGUGGUAGAAGCCAACAAGCGUCGACAGCUCAAGUGUGGAAAAAUCCCUUCUAGGCCACAAUGGGAUCCAGUGUUCGGACUUGAUCUGGCUUGGAGUCAGUGGAGGGCCCUAAAGGAACAAACAUUCCUCCCUUGGCUGAAAAGCAUGCACGAGGGACAGCCAGAUACGUUCAAGGUGAAAUUCCUGGGGAAGCGUCAAAUCUUCACGCAGGAUCCGGAAAAUUUAAAGCACAUGGUUGCCGUCGUUAACAAGAAUUUUGGCAUCAGCCCCCUCCGGCGAUAUAAAAACAUCGGGUAUCCAUUCGCCGACAAAGGCGUCAAUACGACUGAUGGAGAAGACUGGGCCUUUAGCCGCUUCCUUAUCAAACCCUUCUUUUAUCGCGAGGUCUACACAGAUGUCGAGCGUGUUCGCCGAUAUACCGAUGAGAUGUUCACUCUCUUGCCUCCUGACGGCGAAACGUUUAAUAUGCAGCCUCUGUUGCAGCGAUGGUUCUUGGAUGCUGCCACUCACUUCAUCUUUGGACAGCCUAUGGGCGCUUUACCACACCCUGAGCGCGCUCAGGUCACGUGGGCUAUGCUUGACGUUCUUCGGGGUGCACGUUUGCGAUUACAGCUAUGGCGAAUCCACUCUCUCAUUAACUGGAACUGGUGGUUCCAGGCUGUUGAGAAAGUACAUGAAUUCGUAGACGACCACAUUGAGAGAGCUUAUGCUGAUCUCGAAGCGCGAAAGAAGAUAGUUGAGUCUGGAAAAGAACCCGGACCAGAGCGUGAAGACCUUCUAUGGUAUAUGGUAAACAACUGUCCGGACAGAGAAGAGCUUCGGUCUCAGCUGUCACUCCUCAUGGUCCCUAACAGCGACACUACUUCUAUAUACACCAGUAACGUCAUCUGGAAUUUGGCACGUAAUCCACGCUGCUGGAAAGAGAUCCGUAAAGAGGUCAUCGAACAUGGCAGUAAGCCUAUCACAUUCGAAGCUCUUCGACAGAUGAAGUACGUUCAGGCUUGCCUGAACGAGACGCAUCGUUUAUAUCCCAACAACAUCACGCAGGUGCGCGUUUGCCUCAAUGACACGCAACUUCCCCGUGGUGGCGGAAAGGACGGUACUCAGCCUAUUUAUGUUCGCAAGGGCGACAUGGUGCAGGUCGCGAAGCCUGUACUUCAGCGCGAUCCUCGACACUGGGGAAAUGACGCGGAUGUGUACCGACCUGAACGAUUCUUGGAAAAGGCGUACUUCUGGGAAUUCGUUCCCUUUAGCGGAGGGCCCCGUCGUUGUCCUGCGCAAAUGAUGGUCAUGACUGAAGCGGCGUAUAUGGUUGUACGACUAGCCCAGAUCUACGCCCGUAUUGAAGCUCGUGAUGAUAACCCAUACCACCCUGUCAUGCGAAUUGGUCCCUCUAACAAGACUGGUGUCCUGAUUGCUCUCUACAAGGAAGCCUAAGUUUCCGCUAUACAUACAAAUAGGCAACAUGUGCCAUAGCUAUCUGAGUUGGAUAAUUACGUUCAAUGUUCUUAUCGUUAGGUCAGAGUAUUUAACAGAGUAGCCCAAUCAGAUCUAGAUCUAGCACAAUCUACCAUAG